ACACGCGCAAUGUGGCAUCUCAGGUGAGGCGAAAGAUGCUAAAACCCUAAGCAGAGUAAGCGGAAAGAACCGUGGGAACCCUUUUGCCUUCACCAAACGCAGUCUUUGUCUUCUUCCUUCACCAAAAAUCGUUAUCUUCCCCGCCACCGCGAUUCCCAUUCUUCACAGAUAUCAGAACUCAAUGGAGCCACCUGCACAAAAGUGGCUCCUACCUAGGUCACGCAUGCGCCAGAGAACCACUAAAAUCCACUACACAGGUUCAAGCAGGUAGCCAUAGCGGAAUCCAUGACACAGCACAAUCUUCGUUUCCCACCUUGUUCAUCCAGAAGCCCUUACAAUCAAUAAAUCACGUUUAUAAUCGAACUGCGUCUUUAUCUCAGCAGUAUUUAUUCUGCCAUAUUUCAGAAUCCCCGUCACUCGCAUUGAUUGCGAACUUAGAAGUGUGGCGUCGUGGAUAGAGAGAUCCAAGGCCCAGGCUGGCCCAACGAAGAAAAAGCCCGAAUCGCGUGCACGUUUGGCGAAUUAGAACCGAUGUUAUCUACUUGGAACCCAUGGGUUCGAUCAGAAUGGCCGAAGCCUGGUUCGUCAAGAUCGCGUGCACCAUUUUCGUUCGCUCUUCCUCGGUGGACCCUUUCCUGGGCUAUUUAAGUAAGCACCUGACCCCUUCGCUCGUUUACGAGGUCGUGAAUAAGCUGCACAUUCCCAAUUUGGGUUUUAAGUUCGUUGAAUUCAGUAGACACGAGUUGCACAUGAGUCACUCUUAUUUGACGUAUAAUCUGCUCUUGAGGUCACUUUGUGGAUCGAAUCUUCACAGUGCCGCGAAAUUGGUGUAUGAUUGGAUGAGGUGUGACGGGCAGAUUCCUGAUAAUUGGUUGCUAGGGUUUUUGGUUUCUUCGUACGCCGUUGUUGGUAGGUUAGAUAUUUCGAAGGAACUGCUUGCGGAUGUUCAAUGUAAUUGUAAUGUUGGAGUCAAUGCUGCUGUGUACAAUGACUUGUUCAACGUUAUGAUUAGGCAGAAUAAGGCACUUGAUGCGGUUUUUCUGUUUAGGGAGCUUAUCAGGUUGCGGUAUAAACCGGUAACCUACACAGUCAAUAUUUUAAUGCGAGGGUUGUGCAGGGCCGGGGAAAUUAGCGAGGCUUUUAAGCUUCUUGAGGAUAUAAGGAGUUUUGGUUGUUUGCCAGAUUUAAUUACCUAUAAUACUCUUAUUCAUGGUUUGUGUCGGAUUAGUGAGGUGGAUAGAGCUAGAAGUUUGCUAAAGGAAAUUUGUUUGAAUGGGGAGUUUGACCCUGAUGUUGUUAGUUACACGACGAUAAUAGGGGGUUAUUGCAAGUUGGGUAUGAUGGGGGAGGGGACUUUGCUUUUUGAUGAAAUGAUUAGAUCUGGAGCUGUGCCUAAUACGUUUACCUUUAACGCUCUUAUUGAUGGAUUUGGGAAGUUGGGUGACAUGGCCUCUGCACAAGCCUUGUGUGGGAAAAUGCUUCUUAAUGGCUGUCCACCUGAUGUUGCUACUUUCACUUCUCUAAUCAAUGGGUAUUUUCGAGUUGGGAAGGUGCACCAAGCAAUGGACAUGUGGCAUAAAAUGAACGACAAAAAUAUUUGUGCGAGUUUAUAUACAUACUCUGUUCUUGUCAGUGGCCUUUGCAAUAAUAACAGACUACACGAAGCUCGGGACAUUUUGGGACUGUUGAAUGGUAAGGACAUUGUUCCACAGCCAUUUAUCUAUAAUCCUGUUAUUGAUGGAUAUUGUAAAUCCGGCAAUGUUGACGAGGCUAAUAAAGUUGUAGCAGAAAUGGAAAUGAAUAGAUGCAAGCCGGAUAAGUUAACAUAUACCAUUCUUAUUAUUGGGCAUUGUAUGAAAGGGAGAAUGCUUGAAGCAAUUAGUAUCUUUGAUAAGAUGUUGGCUGUUGGUUGUGCCCCGGAUGAAAUCGCUGUAAAUAAUUUAAGAUCCUGUCUUUUGAAGGUUGGAAUGGCCCGUGAAGCUGCCCGUGUUAAGGAGGUUAUUGGUCAGAACCUGCCCUGCAGUACUAUAUCGUUGAAGAAAUCUUAUAACAAAAGCACACAUGCAGAUGUUCCUGUUGCUGUUAUUGAAGUGCUAUUGCAAACCAGUGGUUAGACAGGUCUUGGACCAUAUACCUUGAGUGCUGGGUGCACGUGUCUCCAGUGUGGAUCAAAGUAAUGCUAUCAUCAGAGGCAGAAUGCCUCUUUUUUGUUCUGGGGAUUGUAUUUACAUCGCAUGGUAAUUCUCUCCAAGUUUCAGCUGAUUAUUUUUGGACCCGGAGUUAGGCGGUUUUCUGCGCAUGGAUUAGUGGUUAAAAUCACUCUGCAAGAUCUGGUAAGCUUUGCCACUUGAGUUACUGAGUUUUGAGCCAUAUGGGAAGUUGGUUAUCCGUUUGCAUAGGACAAAGUAUUUCAUCAUGGGGUUUCUCCGCAAGACGCUUUUAUUGAGAUAUCUCAAUUGGUACAAAGGGUGCUUGAUGGGUUCUAGGUGAUUUGAACUUGCCACUUUUGGCUCAUUAUUUUUGGACCGAAUUAAUGCAUAGAAAAUAGGCUUAUGUUCUAGGAUACCUACCAAACCAAUGAGAAAUGGUUUGCUCACAAAUGUAGACUUCUAUUUGAUGAAGAGGUAACUUAUCUUUCGUUUAUACACGAAUCCAUCAAUUGCAUGUUGGCUGUGGUGCAUUAACUAUAAGUCGGUGCUGUUAAUAUUAGAUAGAUGAUUAGAGUUAAUGAAUAUGAUGUGAUGUGAGAAGCAUGGGUAACCGAUUAAUGUGUAUCUUUCACCAUAGCUAUCUCUAGAUUAUCAAUACAUCAAUACCUAUUCUUCAAUACUUCUCACGUAAACUGAAUUAGAUUGUCUUAUGUAAAGGAUAGGACGUGUAACAAGAUAAAAGUGAUGAGAUGUAUUAUAGUACCUUAUUCUUUAAGACCAAUAUUGCUGUGUUAUUCGAGUUAGGAAUAUAAAAAAUCGCGCUUAAUAUAUUAUUUUUAAAUUCACUUUCGUUUCUCCCAGCGUUGAUUUUAUUCCACUGUUGUUUUUUUCACUCUAUUUCUCUGUAAACUAUUUGGGUGGUUUUUUUUAGUGUUGUAUAUAUUUCUUCAUGAACAUGUCGAUUAACGAUGAAGAAGUACAAUAAUAAGGUGUACGAGUUAGAAUCGUUAAGAAAAUAAAGAGAUUUUCUAAAUCAAUGAUACCGAAAGGGCAAAAAUGAGUCAUUGGGUCCCAAAGAACGGCUAUGCCUUAUAGUCCCUUCAGAGAAAACGGCACUGAAAUCGUUACUUGUGCAGAGAGAGAGGCAAGGGGUUGGAAUUUUUGUGCAAGGUUCAACUAUAGGCUAUAGCCCCAUCACUUGGAUGGGGAGAUGAAGACAACCCCGCCAGCUACUUGCAUGAGGCAUUUACAAAAUCUUGUGCAGAGGUAGAGAAGGAACUAACAUACAAGAAUGACCUUAAGUACAGGUGUGUCUGUGAUGUAUUAGUGGAUAGCACAUCAAAGAUAUUAACCAUUCUAUAUGUAUUAAUGGAUAUUGAUUUUGAUGGGGAAAAUAUAUUUUUUUAGUCUUUUUAUUGUAUAUUUAU